CUCCAGAGUGUGUAAGCAGAGAGUUGCCAAAUAGAAACUCUUCGGCUCUUCAGUUUUAAACUAAUCUAAGGUGCGCUAAGGAGCAAUUCAUUCACAAGGAGCUCACGAGAGCGAGAAGAAUUUGGCGCAGAGCGUUAAGAGGUCUCAUGUGCUCCGCUGUCACUGUGCUCUAAUCACAUUGUUGAUGUGAAAUAACACUGAGGACGCUACAAUGUGUUUGCGACUCAUAUCGGAUGGUUUCCUUUGUACAGUUUAAGGCUGGCUUUUUAUUUCUUCUUACAGUUUAAGAAGAAUAAGAGACACGGUCAGUUCUAAAUCCCCCGUGUUUUUAAUUUCUGUGGAUAUAUUGCGGUUUUUGCAGCGCGAGACACCGAGAACCUCAUCAAAGUGAAGCAGAAUUGGACUUUGAAUCCGAAAAAGAAGACUGCCCAUACCCGUGUGCUAUUUUAGUCCACAAAUGAUAUUGUUUUUGGUUUGGAUGGAUUUACAAUAGUAACUCGGACAUUCCAAAAGUUGCUCAUUGGAUUUCCAAGGAUAAAUCAUUCUGAGAGAGUGAGCAAAAAGGGACACACGAGUGUCUCGAGGGCAACCCAAUAGAACUGAGUACUGCUGGAGCUUUACAAUACCGACCGAUUGCAAACGACACAAGAAAAUAGGUUUGGACCUAUACUGAGGUUGCUAAUGCCUGAAGUCAGCAUUUGAAUCUGACCAGCUGUCUUCCACACGCACGCACGCACACACAUUGCCUCAGCAAGAUGUUGAGGUUCAUCUUUAAGGUUUUCAUUACCAUCUGCUUCACGAAAUUGGUGUUUGCAAGAAGCCUAACCUCAGGGGAAGUACAGGCAAAAGAUAUCCUAGUUUCUCGUCCCACUCUCUUGUCUGGCUUUCCUGAGAACACCACUGUGUUGGUUGGAGGACAUGUGAAGCUGGUUUGCAAACUCCACCAGCCAGCCUCGACAUGUCUCCAGUGGUUCAAGAGGGACAGCAAUCGCUUGGGGCCUGAUGGAUCACCACUUCUUACAGUGCUUACGCCUCUCCUAGAGAACAUCUCCAAUGUCAACAUUCUUCCUCUAGUGAAUGCUUCCUUGGAAGAUGCAGGAGAAUACAUAUGUAAAGCAGAAAACUCAGUAGGCCAGUCUGCUCGCUCCGCCUGGGUUGAUGUCCUAUCAGAAGUUUCUGAGGAGCCAGUUGAAGAAACAUCAGAGCAUCUACUUCUAGAGCUUGGAGAUGUGCUAAAACUGCGUUGUGACACAAAUCGUCCUGGAGCUAUCCAGUGGUUCAAGGGUGGCACACGGGUCCAACACAGCGCUCGUAUCCAGAUAAGGGCCGCUGUUAUGGAAAUUGCUGAUGUGACCUAUGAAGACUCAGGAGUGUAUGUGUGUAUGCUUCGCGGCACCAAAGAGUCUCUGCGCAACUUCACUAUAACAGUGGCAGAUGCUGUCGGAUCAGGAGAUGAUGAGGAGGACAAUGGUCUUGAUGAUUCUGAACCAGACACAGAAAAUGACCAGGUCUAUUUUUCCAGAGCACCUUACUGGACUCAUACUCAACGAAUGGAAAAGAAGCUAUAUGCUGUCCCAGCUGGAAACACUGUCAAAUUCUGUUGCCCUGCCACAGGGAAUCCACUUCCCACCAUUCGCUGGCUAAAGAAUGGCAGGGAAUUUCGGGGAGAGCACAGGAUCGGAGGCAUUAAGCUGCGACAUCAGCACUGGAGCCUGGUCAUGGAGAGUGUGGUUCCAUCAGAUCGUGGGAACUACAGUUGUUUGGUGGAAAACAAAUACGGGUCUAUCGCUCACGCCUACCUCUUGGAUGUGUUGGAACGUUCUCCACACAGGCCCAUUCUGCAAGCUGGUCUACCCAAAAACGCUACAGCCGUUGUGGGUGGCGAUGCCCAGUUCCUAUGUAAGGUCUACAGUGAUGCCCAGCCUCACAUUCAGUGGUUGAAGCAUAUUGAAAUGAAUAGCAGUCGUUAUGGGCCUGAUGGAAUUCCCUAUGUCAAGAUUGUGAAGACAGGAAGCUUGAACAUGUCGGAAGUUGAAGUCUUAUAUCUUACCAAUAUCACAUUGGAGGAUGCUGGAGAAUAUACUUGUUUGGCAGGAAACUCCAUUGGUUUCUCCCAUCAAUCUGCUUGGCUUACUGUCCUAUCAGAGGAAGACAUGGCCAAGGAGGUUGACCUUAUUGAGGCCAAGUACACUGACAUCAUCAUCUAUGCAUCUGGCUUCCUGGCACUGGUUAUGGCCAUUGUUAUUGUGGUCCUCUGCCGCAUGCAAGUUCAUCACAGUCGGGAGCCCUUCAACACACUCCCUGUGCAGAAACUCUCAAAAUUUCCUCUACGCCGUCAGUAUUCAUUGGAGUCCAAUUCUUCUGGAAAGUCAAGUGCCUCGCUGAUGAGGGUGGCUCGUCUUUCCUCAAGUUGUUCCCCAAUACUGGCUGGAGUUAUGGAGUUUGAACUGCCUUAUGACCCUGAUUGGGAGUUCCCAAGAGAGAAUUUGACAUUAGGGAAACCACUUGGUGAGGGAUGCUUCGGUCAAGUGGUGAGAGCUGAGGCUUAUGGGAUAAAUAAAGAGAAUCAAGAUCAAUUGACAACUGUAGCUGUUAAAAUGCUAAAAGAUGAUGCAGCUGAAAAAGAUCUGGCUGACCUUAUCUCUGAGAUGGAGCUAAUGAAGGUGAUGGACAAGCACAAGAAUAUCAUAAAUCUUCUUGGUGUUUGUACACAGGAUGGUCAACUCUAUGUGCUGGUUGAAUAUGCAUCUAAGGGCAGCCUACGGGAAUACCUUCGGGCACGUCGGCCUCCUGGUAUGGACUACACCUUUGAUGUGACCAAGGUUCCUGAGGAACAGCUCACCUUCAAAGAUCUGGUGUCCUGCGCCUACCAAGUGGCAAGAGGCAUGGAGUACCUGGCCUCCAAAAGAUGCAUUCACAGAGAUUUAGCAGCUAGAAACAUUCUUGUCACCGAGGACAAUGUCAUGAAAAUUGCAGAUUUUGGCCUUGCUAGAGGAGUGCAUCAGAUUGAUUAUUACAAGAAGACCACUAAUGGACGUCUGCCAGUGAAAUGGAUGGCACCAGAAGCCUUGUUCGACAGAGUCUACACACACCAGAGCGAUGUUUGGUCUUUUGGAGUUCUAAUGUGGGAGAUUUUCACAUUGGGGGGAUCGCCAUACCCUGGAAUACCAGUCGAGGAGCUUUUUAAGCUGUUGAAGGAAGGUCAUCGAAUGGACAAACCUUCCAACUGCACCCAUGAACUCUAUAUGAAGAUGAGAGAAUGCUGGCACGCAGUACCUACACAAAGACCAACAUUCAAACAGCUUGUGGAAGAGCUUGAUAGGGUGCUGGUGUCCAUUUCAGAUGAGUACCUGGACUUGUCCACCCCUUUUGAACAGUACUCCCCAUCUUGUGAGGACACCUCCAGCUCUUGCUCUUCUGAUAAUGAUUCAGUGUUUACCCAUGAUGCUUCGUCUACAGACCCAUGCCUACUUGGUUACCGUGAUGUGCAGUCUCGGAUGGACCUGAAGACGACAAUUCGAUAGUCAUUUUUGGCAGAGGGCACGAGCUUGUAGACAUCGGAAACACUUGCAUUGAAAGCGGUACAAGGACUUCUGCCUUUGUUGCUCUGCCUCAGAAGAUUAAAAUAAUGCUUGGCACUAUGAAACUUGGUGAUUAAUAAUUACUCUCUCAUAUCAUCAGAUUUCUACAGAAACGGGACUAGUCUUUGAGAUUUUUUUAUUGGAGUUUCUAUCGAAGAACAUGACUGCUGCUGUAUGGACAAAGAUACAAGAGUGACAUACAGGAGCGUUUUGAACCAGAUAUUUUCUUUUUAAAGAGAACAUUUAUUUUGAUAAAAAAAGCUGAUAGCAUUGAUAAUUAUAAAUCUUUCUCUAUAUAAGAGUAUUCAAAAAUAUUAUUUAAAGAACUGUCUUAAGUCUCAGGAUCUUGCAUGUUAAAAUUGCUGUAGUGUGGCAGCAAAGUGCCUGAUUUUUUAUUUCCUGUGAAUAUGUUAAAGUAUUUUAUGUACAUAUCACUACAGAAGACAAUUACAUUUUAUAAAUUAUUCUAAAUGAUAUAAAGUGAAGAUGUUACUUAGGUGAAGAAAUUAUGUAAAUCUGUUUUGAAUCUCCCUGAACAAUUUUUCCUUUUUCCAAAACAUUGAGUACAAUAGCCAUUUUUCGCUGCUCGUACCAUUGUACACUGUCAAGGCUAAACCUUUGAGCACUCAACUUCCUGUUGUUCCGUUCAUUUCAUGCCUCGCCGCUUGGUAAGCAUGGUUUGUUGUGGUCUUCUCCCAGACAAUUCACCCCAUUCAACCUGAGACAUUGCUAGGACCAGCAACGCUUCCAUUGUCAGUAUACUGUACAGAAGAAAAGGAUUCAAAUGAAUGUGAAAUGCCUUGAUAUAGAUUGAUUUAAAAUGGUAAAUCCUCCAUUGUCUGGCUGUAACCUUUUAACCAUCCUGGUUUGUUUGCGAGGUCCAGGCGUAGGCCAAGGUGGACAAUGGUCCCAUGCCGCUAUAAUGUGUGUGACUAUUGGCUGGGGUGAUUGGGGGCCUGUCUAAGGCCUGUGUGCAAAUGAGAAAGCCCCUUAUUAUGCUAAUGGCUCCAGCUGCCCAUCUUUAUCCAGCACUAUCUUUAAAUAUACAAAUGCUAAUGCUGGCCUUUCUAAAUAAACUAAGCAAUGUCCUUCAGGGAAUGCAAAGCUGAUACGAAGCCAAGGGCUUUUUUCAAGUUAAUUUACCCAAUACUUUGCAUUCUCAGCCAGGGAUGCUCCUACAGAUCCCUUUGGGCACAUUUGGGACAAUUGGUGCGUAUUCAGAAUGAGUAAGCGGGAUUUCUCCAAUGGAAGCACAAGUGAAAUUGUUAAAUUGUUCAGAGGCAUAAAUAGAUUUAAAAUCUUUUCAGGCAGCUACACACCAAUGUUGGACCGCCAAAUGAGAGCCAAUCUCUUGUAUGCAGUGUGUGAUCUCCAAUGGCCCCUCUAGAACUCUAAGAGCACAUUAUUUGUGUACAAGGAAGAAAAGUUGUACGCCACAUGACAUUCCAUUUGUGUAUUUCCCAUUGUAACAAUCAAACGAUGUUAUUAUAAAUCUUCCCCUCAAGAGAAUUAUUUUAGAAAUAUCUAAUUUAUUUGUUUAUGGUCCGUUUUAUA